AUGGGGAAUCAGGCCCAGGGACCUCGGGUAUUCGCAGUAGAAGAUGUCUUGGAUCAGGCUGCUGGAACAUUUGGGGAGGGGGUAAAUUUUCCGGUGGUUCCGCCAAAUAUUUCUAAAGAAGAGCUUCUCAAACGAGUUGAUUUUUCCUCCAUUGAUCGAGCAGCUCUAGAGGCGCCACCAGAACUGUUACUAGAGAAUUUCUGGGAUAUAUCAGACCACCUGGUGGUAUCCAAAAGUUUUAAAGUUAUUGACGACCUGUACAGAAUCCGCGCUAUAUUUAGAUGGACGACAUCUUUUGAUGAGGAGAGCAUCACAUCUCAAAUUCUUCCCCCUGAAAACAGCCCUCUGGAAUAUCUGAUAAAGAUACAGUCUGACUUUGGUGACCAUGCCAACCUCCUCUAUGUUUUGUGUGUAUCCGCCAACAUCCCAUGUGUUGUUAUUAAUGGAGUAUCGAAACACGGUUUUUAUGAAGUUGGAGAUGAGAUUCGAAAAGAAACUCUUGCCUCUAAGUGGAACGCUGUGUUUCUGAACGGCGAGUGGCGCCUAAUCGAUCCCUUCUGGGCUCACACAUCUAUAUCGUAUGGUCAGUACCGCGACCAGAUAUCAGUGGACGAAGAAGGGCAGAUAACUCUAUCUACUGAACUCGGAGACACCGAUGGAGAACCACGUCCAGUGAAUGAAUUCUUCUUUUUGUGUGAUCCAGACAAAUUCAUCUGGACACAUUUUCCAGAUGAUGAUCAGUGGCAACUUUUAGACAACCCUAUAACCGUAGAAAGAUUCCAGGAGCAGCCGUACCUCAGAGAAUACUACCAUGAGAUGGGUCUCAGUGUGAGUAAAGAGUUUCCGGACACAAAUAACUGUGUUCUGCGGCCGGACGGAAGACCGUGUAAAAUUUGUUUUGACUUGCCAAAAGACAGAGGUGCAGAUUUAGAAUUUAAGUUUUCUCUGACGGAAUUAGACGUUGAUGAAAAUACUGACACAAGUGACAUAGAGAAAUAUGUCAUGAUGAGCAAAUCAAACACAAAGUUACAAUUCGGUGUAAGUUUUCCUUUCAUUGGUCGAUUUAGGUUGGAUGUAUAUGGAACGGAAAAAUACAAUAACCAAGAAUUCAAUCUAAUAUUUUCCUACUUAAUCCACUGUGGCGUGCCUGUAAAAGACUUCAAGGGUUUCCCAGAAGUUCCUGAGCAUGGAUGGGGUCCUCAUCCGCUUGCAGAAGAACUCGGUAUUGUUCCAAUAAGUCCCAAGUCAAACGUCAUUCAAACUGAAACGGGGAUUGUAGAAAUUCGAUUUCCGGCGUCAAAAGUGAGGGAGAUCAGCCAUUGUUUGGGAUCAACAAAAAUUGAUGCUGCUACAUUGAGCAGACACGCUCUCGGUCGGCUGGACAGCGUCAGACAGGAAUACUUUGUUUACAUAAGACUUCCUGAACAGGGAGACUACACUCUGAAAAUAUUUGCAGACAUCGAUGUUUUGCGCGGAAAAAUUCCAGAUUCUACGGUUAUGACUUACCUGAUUGAAUUUACUGGAAAUGCCAGGAAUGAUCCAUAUCCUUUCGUACUGGGUAGUCAAAUUGGUCCUAAAUUAGGGGCAUUUCAGCUCGACGUCGAGAUGAUGGAUGAAUCAAAUGGCGUUUUAAUGGCAUGGGAUGGAAAGCUCGAUUUACAAUUCACAGCCGAUGAGGAUGCUGCCUUGUUUAGCGAAUUGUCCACAUCCAAUCCAACUGCAAAGAAAGUCAUGAGUAUCAAAGACAAAAGGGAGAACAAACAAUGGACGUUUAAUCUGAAACUACCAGUUGCUGGACUUUAUUCACUGAAUAUAUUUGGAUGGAACGAGAAAGAAAAGCAUAAAAAAGUUGAAGAAGUUUCUAGUUUCUUGAUUCAGUCAACAGGAUCACUCAGCAAAGAGGAGCUGGAGAAGCUUGAGAAAAAGGGUAAAGGGAGGGCUAAAGUAAAGGAUGGCAUCUCAAAUAUGGAGAGAUCAAACACUGUGCUGGAAAAUGAAUCUCAGCUUGUUAAGUCACGAGCAGGUUGUAAAGACAAUUCAACAAAAACAUCAUCUGACACAGGAGAUAUAACAAAGGAAAUGGGAUUUCAUAUUGGUCACAAUGUGAUCUCCCAAACAGAUCAAACACCGUCAGGCAAUGGUACCAGUAUGAGCAAGCCUCCGGUAUCUACCGGACUUAGCCGACAAGAAUCUAGGGGCAGUAUGAAAACUGCUGUAACCGUUAAUAGUGAUAGGACCCGAAAAGGCACGAAAACAACCACUGAAAAUAAUGAAACCAGGCUAAACUCCAAACAAACAAAUAGAAGUGGAAAUUCAAGACAUUCUCCGUCAGAGAAAAAUAUGGACAUGAAAGGCAAUGAAAAGAUGAGUCCUCGUAAGGGUGUUUUGAAAAAAGGUGGUGCAAAGCCAGAUGACACUCGAACGAAAAAGAAAGGCGUAACCAUCGUAGAAGACAAGAAAAAUGGCAAGGAGCAGAAAAAGAAGAAAGACGAAUUAGAUGUGCGAACAUUUCAAACGACCAAAAACAUUGUCAAAAUCAAUAUAGAUCAUCCAAUUAAAACAGUAUUUACAUCACUCAGUAAAACUGAUGCCAAUGACAAGCCUGGUGACAAGGCUGCUGUGGUGAAAACCAAAGAUGGGAUCGAAGUUCGAAUUCAAGGAUACGGGAGGUAUCAAGUGGACGUCUUGACCAAGGAGUCUGGUCCGCAUGUUCAAAUAUUGGGGCGGUACACCGUCAUUCGAGUCCCCUCAUCCAAUCCAAGCAGGGACGAGUCCAUGUCAAACUCAAAGCUAUUUGGUGGAAAUGAUUUUGAUGGAAACGUGUUUUUAGACAGUGAUGAUGAAAUUCCAGUUAGAGAAGAUGUCACGGAGAUGAAAUCGAAAAAGGACACAAAGAGAAAUCAAGGCACUGAAAAGAAAGACUUUGGGACUGUAGUCCCUGAUCUAAGGUCGAUCAAAAGCUCAGAUCUGUUAGAUGAGUUUUUACAGGAACGAUUCACUGAUGCUACAAAUAGAGAAAUGAAAGCGAAGCUAAGGAAGGCCUUGAAGGUUCGGGAUCUUGAUCUAAUUCUAAGAUAUCUAGAACUCUACCAAUCAACAUCUAAGACCAAACGAGACACCAUCUUUCCAAAGGCUGUAAAAGACGUGAUGAAGAAGAUCAAAGAUCAACAAAGAUUAGUACAAGAAUGCAAGAUGCACACCCCGGUCUUAAUGGACGAAACCAUAAAUGUCUCCAAGACAGCGGAUGACGUCAGAGUGGUUGUGACGCAUAAGAUUAUGGAUAAGAAUACGAGAAAGGAAAAAGUCACUAAAGUCACUCUUGAAAUCAACCAAAUUGCUUUAACGGAAAUAAAGCAGUAUGCUAAUCCACCAGAGGGCGUGCACGAAUGUAUCAUGGCUACACUUGUACUACUUGGUGACCAACCGGAAGAUUGCAAGGAUUUCAGUGCUUGUCAAGGGCUUCUUUUUCGAACUGGGCGGCAAUACAUAAUGCGUAGAAUCACACGCUUCAAUACAAAAGCUGUACUUCAGGAUAGGGUAGACUUUGUGUCCAAACUUAUCAAAGAAUUCAGCAUGUGGCAGAUUCUUGACGUCAGCAGGGGAGCUGCUGCUUUCUACAUGUGGGUAAAAGCAAUGCUUCACGACAUCCAACAAAACAAACGUCCACCCACCCGUGCUACUACUGCCAGGUCAACCCAAUCAACGAGAAGAGUUCCUCCCCGACCCACAGUCCUCCCCGAGUACAUCAGUCGGAGAGACGGAACUGUCAUCCUCAGACUAUAGGUUACAGAGAAAAGAGAAGGGGACAAGGAGGCGUGGCAUUUCAUGCCAUCACAACGUCAGCACAACCUCAUUACUGAUUAUAUAAACUGAGGAUGUUGAUCACAUAUUGUGCUGUGACAUUUUAUCCAGGACAACAACAGAU